AUGGCUGCAAGUAGUAGUGAAGAAAAACUAGAAACUGGUUCUGCCACUGCAGAAGUUGUGAUGGAAGAGGCUACUUCAAAUGAUGACAUCUCAAGAAGGUCAAACGCCAACACAGAGUUGGCUAAUGCUCAGGCUUUUGCAUGUUGCGUGCCCAUGACUACGAAAACCGAUGUUGCUGCACACCAGCCUUCUCUUGGUGGACAAGAAUCGGGAGAAGUAGACGAGUAUCGUCUGCUAGGGAAGGUAACUCUCCCAGUCUCUCCCUCCCCAGCAGACAAGCGUGCUGAGCGACUGCGUGCACAGAUUAAGGCUGUCGAGAGAGUUUAUAAUUCUUCUUGUGCGUUUUCGCUUAGACUUAUCUUUUCUCCUGAGCUGUAACUGAAACUGCAUACUUCUGAAAGAGAUUGAUCAUACCAGCACCGACUGGAUAGAAAUUUGUGACCAACGACGGACUGUUGUACUACACUGUACCAAAAGCGAGCUCCUCUUCUAAUCAUCUGUGCCAUGGACCUGACGCGUGCGAGUCGACACGAUUAGCGGCUGCUCUGCGUUUGAUGGAUUUCCUUUGUCGGACGCCCUUGAGGCUGCAAGAAAUGAAACCGGUGGAGUUGGUGCAGGUGAUUUGCGCUACUAGCAAAGUGAUCCUGUUUCUCCCGGAGGUGCACUCAGUGAUCUUCGGCUUGCUCUACAAGGACAAUGUUUUGUUAUGGGUGUAGGGAAUUCAUCAUCUCCAAGUGAGGCGUCUGAGAGAGAGAAAAAGACAAGAGGAAAGAGGGACCCAGGUGAUGAUCCCUGAGAUGAAUUUCCUAUACCUCUAACUUUGGCAAGCUUAAACGGUGUGGAGUUAGCUAUCGUCGCGAACGCGCUGACACGGUGGCCCUCGUAUAGCAGUAAGCCUGAGUUACUCCUGGAGAAAAUGGCACCGCACAUUUUAGAAAGGUGCAUUCCAUUCGGAACUACUAGGACGCCUCCAACAGCUUCUACUUGUGCCAAAGACGACGACCAAACCAACGCACACCAAAGAAAUCUUGAUCGGGCAGAACAGACAGAGGCCUAUUAUGCAGGUGCGAGGGAAAGGAGUGCUAGGAAGAGGGUGAACUACAACAGUCAUGGUCAACGUCCAAGCUUAGGAGGUCAAAACGUUCUUCCUCAUCACGGAGUCCAGGUCGUGCAUGCCUUUGCUAAGAUUGGAUUGCGGCAUGAAGAGAUACUGGGAUGGUAUGCGACGCAGCAUGUUUUGUUAAGGCUUCGACCGUCUUUCUAAAAGGCAUCAGGAUGUAUCUGGGUCGGUCUCUGAUGUAUUUGGGUCUCUCAACUGGUGAGCCUACUCGGUUCUUUCUCUUCAGAAUGGGAAUUUGGCACCGUUUGAAGACCUUGAUGCAGUAUGGACGUCGGUUUUUUCAGAAGAACAAGAACUAGGUAGUUAUAAUAAGCCCAGAAUUAUUCUUCUAAUGCCACCUUUUCUAGAGGACUGCGAGUGGCGGAAUGUCAAGCAAAUGUUGGUGUCGCUAGUCAAAGUCGACGCUCCGUGUGUGGACGACGAUGCGACCACCUCAAGAACUACAUACAACUACAGCUUAGUUGUACAACAAGAUCAUAACACGGAAAAACCGACCGAGGACUCAGUCAAGCUGUCGUCUCCCAUGACGAUACGGAGUAUAUUUGAUAAGUGGCUGUUUCCAAAAGUGAAUCCAGCUUUUUGUGAUUUGGACGUAGUGGGCAUCGGCUACGCCUUUCUGCACGUGAAGCUGUUUUCACUUGCCUCGUGUCUCCAUUUCCUGCGCGAAAUUGGAACGCGCAAGAUGGGUUCAAAAUCCUUCGCGCAUCAAAUUCAAACGAUGUUGCUUUCUCUAGAGUGCUUCGGCAGCGACAGGCAGGAGACGAAGCUCGAGGUUAAGAACGAGGAAGGAUCUGCUUCUCCAACUUCGACUUCAAGUGGAUCUUCCUCAACUGCCGCAGGAACUGCAACAGGAAUUAUAAUAUUGCGUGAAAAGAAAGAUUCAGCGGUUCGUUAUCUCUCUCUCCGUGACUUGCACAUGCUAGAUAACCUUGUAAAGGGUACGGAAGCGUUUCUGUGUCCUGGAGAAGCCGAGACGGGGUUACAGGAAAGCGGUCCCCAAUUUGAGGUGGAAAAAGCUUUGCUCGAUGGAUGUGCUGCUACGGGGGAAAUAGAUUCCUGUGGAGGAAAAAUGAUGAAGUCCGUCACCCGUGAAGCUGCGGUUUUGGGUUCGCCAUUUUUCAUCGAUCUUCAAGUGGAGCUUGCUUGAAGUUGAAGCUCGUUGGGUAUCUCAAAAACUUUUUUUUUCUCGUAUCGAAGAUCAACAAUUUGCUCGACUUGUUAGUGUAGUCUAGGGAAUAACAUAAGUAUUUAUAAUGAAAAUCAUGGAGGGAGCUAAGAGUUGUUAGAUUCUUAAUAUGGUUUUUUUACAGGAUAAAUAGGGGACACAAUUGAAUUUUCGGACACACUUGCUUGAUGACUUUCUUUGUCGGUUUUUUCACUCUGUUUUUUGUUUGAACACGGGAAGACACAGGGAAACAGUACUAUUAUGACUCACAACAAUCUAUUUGAUGAAAGUGGCGCGACCACAACAGGGAAUACGAUGGAUUAUACCUUAAAAAUGCACACUCCACUUUCUGCAUGAAACACUGCGAAAGAUCCUCAAUGUUUCGACGCUAGUGCGCGUCUAACG